UCGUAUCUGUUCUAUAAUAAAGGCAACACUGUGCGCGGUCGUUUCGGACCGGUUUCGAAUGUUAAAUAGUAGUGGUAACAAUCCACUUAAAUAUCUCUGGAUAACCAGUCUUAUUCUAAUUUGAUAGAUUCACCAUUCGAUUUUACCGUAAAAAAUUGUAAGAAGAGAUUUUUUUGGAGAUUUCAUUGAAGUGUAGCGAAUGUAGAUGUUUGUGACAUAAAAUGCACUUUGAAAUGUUGUAUUUAAUAUGGCGCAAAUGAAUUUCCUUUAUUGAACACCUUGGAAAAAGUCGGGACUGCGGCGUGGACCAGUGCAGCGCCACACUGAGAACAGUCAGUUUUUCACCUGCUACGUGCUCUUUGAUUGUGGCUUAAGGUCACUGUUAUUUUCAAGAUGUUGCGGCAAACGUUCUAUCGAGCCAUACUCAUGGAAAAGGCAAAACUAGGAACCAGAAGGGCUAAUGCCUUGUUCGAGGUUCCAGUUCGGUAUACUCGUACAUUUCGUUACCCUAAAGUCACCUAUCUGCCAUUUGACUGGGAUUACCCCCCAAAGAAGGACUACAUAGAUCUUUCUGGAGAUCGGACCAUGGAUAUCGGGUUCACUAAGGACGUCUUGAAGCGGCCCAAACUUCCGUUCUCGCGGUUACCUGAAAUAGACGAAGCCCCCGAAGAGAUGAAGAAGAUUUUCAGCGUUGAAUUCGCAUCCUACAGUGACCAAAGAAAGUCUAUAAAAGACGAGUUCUUGAAUCGAGUCCGGCGACACCCAUACGAUACUGAAUCGUUUGAGUAUAAAAUCGCAAGGGACACCUUCUUUAUACGCUCGUUUAAGGAGGUCUAUAAGACAUCAUUCAAAAAGUCAAAGGUCUGGAAAGUCAAGUUGUUAGAGGCAAUCAGCCGUCGCAAUAAGCAGUUGAAGCAACUGGGACGAUAUGACUUCGAGAGGUACGAGUUUGUAAAGCAAGUACUGGAAAUUGAGCACUCGUAUGCGCCUUUAGAAAGAACAGCUCCUAAGGUUACUCGCAAAAGCGAGCUUCGACGACUGACAACCGAGCAUGCCGAGAAGAUUAAGCAGGACAAACUUACGGCUUAUCACGAAAAACUUAAGAUUCUCCAGAAGGAGUUCGAGGUCGAAAAACGUGAAGCCGAGGAGUUCAUUGUAAGAGAGAUUGCGGAAUUAAAACUAACUGAUGAAGAGGUUAAGAGCCUUGAAUAUGAAAGAAAGAUAUUUUAGUGAAACAGCGACGCUGCACAUUAUUACUGUUGCUUCGCUAACCUUUUAUGUUUAAACGCUAUUUUUGUGUAAACAGCUAAUUUGAUAUUAGAUUGAUGAACUUCAAUAUUUAAAUCAUAGAUUCUUGUAGAUUAUAUCUUCAUUUGUCUUCGAUUGUAAGUGGGUUUCCUCAGAUUUGAAAAUAAAUGUCUCCUCAUUUUACAAGUCGCA